CGUCUCUGAUUCCUCCGUUUUAAUGGGUUGGGAAUUGCUCUUCUGGCUUCUUAUUUGUUUCCUUCUCAACAUUGCCUUUUUUGCCUCUUUUUUUUACCAGGUUUUGAUAUUAUCGGACUUGGAAGAUGACUAUAUGAACCCUUUUGAUGCCUCGUCUCGAGUCAAUUACUUCGUGGUUCCCGAGUUUAUUGGGCAGGGAUUACUCUGUGCUCUUUGCCUCCUCACAGGUCAUUGGAUCAUGUUUUUGCUCACACUUCCUCUUGCUUGCUAUCAUGCCAAUCUGUUUAUGAAACGGCAGCAUCUUCUUGAUGUUACUGAAGUUUUUAGGGUGCUUAAAGCUGAGAAGAAAUUUCGGAUUGUCAAACUUGCUUUCUACUUAUCAGUCCUGAUUAUAACUAUCUUCAGGCUUGUACUACUACUUGUCUACUAUUUUGAUCUUGAAGAUGAAUGACACACAAAACCUACGCAAACCCACACUUGUGCUGUAUGACCACCAAUGUAGCUGAUCAUGUUUUGUUCUGGAUACAACUUUUGGGUCAACAUGGGCUAAAUCUAAUUCAAGUAAUUUUGGGCCUGAGAUAGAUUUGUUACAGUGGAGUCCAAGAUCUAUAUGGACUCUGGACUCAGUUUCGGAUGAGACUAGUGGGACUUGUACUCCUCCUUCUAUGGAGAUUGGAGGCCCACAUACUUUGAUUUCUUGUUAGUCCUUUUUUGUUGUAAAAACCAGGUUGCAAGUCCAUGAUCAACUAACAGCAAGUCGUUUGGUUGAUAAUUUAAACAAUUUAGAGAGAAAGUUAUUUAUGUUUA